GUAUUUGAAUCUUUUGGUGUAUAUUUUGCAAUCAUUAUUAGUGUGGGAAAUCAGAUUAUUUCUUUCUUAGUAGUUUUGUUAAUUAUUAUAAUUAGUUUUGCACAUGCAUUUUUUAUCCUACUAUCACCAGAACCUGGUUUUUCUUUUGAAAAAUAUAUAAAUAGUAAUGAUCCCAAUAACCCUUGGAAUCUGGCACCUACUUAUAGUAAAGUACUUGAUGAUGGGACAACUGAUUCUAAUCCAUAUAUUAUUCAGAAACCAGAUGAAAAUACAAACAUGUUUAUAGAUUAUAGAACUGCUCUUUUUGCAAUGUAUUUAUUAUUGACAGGUAUAUUUAAAUAUUUUACAUCUAUGUGCUAUGUUUAUUUUUUCUUUUACUUAAAUUAA